AAGUGCUGAAUGUGGAGCUGCUGUUUGCUGAGUGAGCACGCCCGCUGCAGCCGCUUCCGCCACCGGGAGCUGCCGCGCCGCCGCGUGCGGCCGCCGCUCCGUUCCCGCUGCUGCUUAAAGGGCAGCGAGUCCGGAAUGCUGAAUCAUCACCGCCGGGUUUCGGUGCACGCUCUGCCCGGAGCCGGGAUCGCCGCCGCGCACAGCGGAGCUGCCGGCGCGUCCGUGAGCGCAGACACAAAGGGGCCGCGGCUGUCACAGGAACAAGGGCAUGUGUCGGAAUUAGAGCGCGCGGCUCUGCCGGGGAUCCCCCGGUUCUGUUGGACCGAACGGGAUCAGCCGGUGGCUCCUCGGGGAGAUCAGCCGUACAGCGUCUGUAGGAGCAGCGGCAGCUCCGCGGCUGUCCUCGGCGCAGGUCAGUGCGGAAGAGCAGGGCUCUUGGGCAUGACGACGACUAACAAAGGAAACAAAGCUUUAAAGGUGAAGCGUGAGCCAGGCGAGAAUGGCACCAGUCUCACAGAUGGAGAGCUGGUGACCAUGUCGGUGCGGGAGCUCAACCAGCAUCUUCGUGGGCUCUCCAAAGAGGAGAUCCUGCAGCUCAAGCAGCGGAGGCGCACCUUGAAGAACAGGGGCUAUGCCGCCAGCUGCCGGGUAAAGAGAGUCACCCAGAAGGAGGAGCUGGAGAAGCAGAAGGCCCAGCUGCAGCAGGAGGUGGACAAACUGGCCAAUGAGAACGCAUCCAUGCGUGUGGAGCUGGACGCUCUAAGGUCCAAGUACGAGGCGUUACAGACCUUUGCCAGGACUGUGGCACGAAGCCCCACUGUGGGGGUCGGGGUGAGGGCUGGAGGAGGAGGGGGCGGGGUUGCGUCAUCGGUCAUCGGUCCGCUUAUACCGGGAAAGGUGGCGACAGCGACGAGCGUGAUCACAAUAGUGAAGUCAAAGACAGAUGCACGGUCUUGAGGGCAGGAUGAACAGGAAAGAUGGAGGUGAGACGGGAUGGAGUUCAGCUGCCCCUGCCUCCUCAACUUGCUUUACCCAUCUUAGAUCAAUGCGGGUGAAGGAUGGGACGCAAGCAGAGGAGGAGCACUGCUGCCUCACUUUAAAUAGCGACCUAAAAGAACAACCAGCACGUUGUAAGACGCCAUCAAAAUCCAUGACAGGAGCUGCUGCUUCUGCAGAUCUAAAACACGUCAAACACAGCAAACGUGCGGAAGCCUUCACCUAACAACAGUCCUGCUGAUGUGAGCAGCUGAACUCCCUCCUGUGGCUUCCACCCCAGAACUUUUUCAGAAGGUACUACAGAAGAAUCUAUAUAUUAUAUAGUGGUGGUAAGUGUAUUUCUACUGUUUUGUACUGUGUUGUCAUUCACAUGAGGUCCAAGUUGUAUUUUGUGUGUGUGUGUGUGUGUGUGAGCUAUUGUGUAUCAGGAAUUCUGUGAAAUUCUGUGUUUGUUUUGAAGUAUCUCUAUACUCAGUUGGCUGUAUUUCCCACGUUCAGCUCUGUUUACUCCGACCUUUCCUUUCCGGUUCCAGACAGCUUCCAUUUCCACUCGCAUACUUCCUGAAGUAAUACAGAGGGGGCAAAGCUGGCUUAUGAUAACCAAAAAUCUGAAGAGUAGAUGGGGGGCAAAAAAGUGUUGAGAGAACUUUUGGGGAAGUUUGAAAACAUGACUUAGCACAAACCUUUAGUCAAAAAAAUCUGGAAAGGCCAGUGCCUUUGCUCCUCUAAAGAGAAGGAUGUGAGGAAGGAUAAGCCGGUCUGCGCAAACUACCUUCACCUGUGACUGUGCUUGGUGAUUGUCAGGACUGAUGACUGGAAAACGCUCGUUUAUGUGACUGUGAAGGCAAGAUUCAGAACAACAGGGUUUGCCGUUUUUUCCCCUUUGUUGCUCAUAAGAAAAAAGUUUAGGAAUCUGAUAAACAUUGAGGUGAAUUUCUUUCUUUCUUACAAAGUGAUUUAUGCUGCAAAUGUUUGCCUUUAACCACAAACUCAGUCAAGGGGAGAAGACUUGAUGGAGAAAACAUGCUUCCAGUCACACAAACGGGCUAUGUCACUCACUGGCUUUAUCAUAAAGUAGUCCUUUGUGGCGUCGUACUCAAGAAGUCUUUGUGGCAGAGUCUGUAAUUUUAUAAGGACAAUUAUCUUUGUAUUGACUCGUGAAAAGGUAUUGAAAAAUCUGUUUGAUAUACAGCAUCUCUCUAUUUUGCAACUGUACCAAAAGUGGCUUAAUUACUGGGUAGCUUUGCUUUUCCUCUUGUGAGUAGGCGCGUGCGCUUCAUGGUGGUGUGCUGUUCGGUUCAUGACGAGGUAAUAAAUGUUGACUGUUUGACCCUGAAAAGGCAGCUGUGUUUCUGGGCUGCAGAUAAAAGCACUGAGAAAAGGGAGGACUUGUUAUAGCUAAGAACAUCAGGUCUCCCGAUGAGGCAUGGAGGUGUUACCUGGAGGACUGCAUCACUCCUCCGGCUACUCAGUUCUUUAACAUUCGUGAGUACAUCUCGUGUAUAUGUAGAGUAUUUUUUGGACUGUUUGUUGGAGGUGUCAGGGUUGUGGAACGACCCGUUUUAUAUUCUGUUAUUUGAAGUUCUGUAUGUUGGCAUAAGUCUCGCCUUUCAGUCCUAAUUUCUUCAUUUUAAAUUAAACAUUUCAUGAAGCCGAAAUUCAACAGAAGAGUCUACCUGAAACGCUCUGUGAUGGUACUGGGUGAGCUAGCUGCUGCCGUGCAGAUUGAUAGGUUUAUAAUCGUCCUUGCAUGGAGGGUCGGCUUUAACUACUGGACUGAGAAGCCUCUUUGCCAGUCUGUUGGUCGCUGUUAAAAUCCCAUAUUAGAUAGUCGCUAUUGGAAAGCAAUGCCAUGGAGAAAUAAAACCAGCCACAAUGUGAAUCUGGAGAAGCAGGGGUCAUGAAAAAAAUUGGAAAUGUUUUUGUUUGACGACAUUCAUGCUUAUUCCAGCAGAGUCAAUGGGACUGAACCAGAGCGUCCCAAUUUGUUUUGGAUUAAAGUGUCUACUCUGUAAUGUCCAACAAUCCCAAAAAAAGCUGUAUGCUCCCAGGGGAGAAACACAACUUUGGUCUUUACAUUGAUAAUAACAUGUCCAUGUAGUUAAGACACAGAGAGGGGACAUGACAGUGGUUUUCUCACACAUGAGUAGACUGAGAACACGCUUGAUGUUCAUCAGGGGUGUAGGGAAAAAUCGUUUUGCCGAUAUGUCGUGAUAUUCCGUUUGGCAAUACUUGUAUCGAUUUAAAAUGCUGACGAUAUUUAAUUUAUCAUUUAUGAGCAUCCUUCCGCAUCUGAAUUUUAUUUUCCACCUAAACCCCCAACCAAUUAUUGUUCUUGUAGGGUCUUCAGAUAUAUCUCAAUAUGUAUCAUAUUGUGAGGCACAUAUCAGGAUACAUUUUGUAUUGCCAGGCUCUUGCCAAUACACACCCCUGAAGUUCAUGCUCAGGAGUUUUUUGCUGAGGAAACUAAGACACACUUAUUUAACCGGUAACCUUUCACAGAGAUGCACAUCAACAUAAGAAUAAUUCUGAAGAGACUUUCCUUGUAAUAAACCAGGAAAUCCACUACAUAGUUUACUGGACAAUCAAAGGAAAGUUUAGGAAUCUUACCUGUUGCGUCUUCAUCUGUUAAAAAAUGUCUAAAAGUUAAUCUGACAAUUGAACAAACUCUGUAGGGUGGAGGGCGUAGUCAUGCAAACGGUGCAAUUCCUGCCACAAAGGAGGGUGAUACUGCUGAAGAUAAACAGCAUCUUCUGUCAAACACCACACUCAGACUGCUUCUGUCUAUGACUCCAGUGUGGCUCUCUUCAUUUCAUGUGAUGCUUACUGUAGAGGUUGUAAGUGUAAAAACUAAGAAACCAAUGUUUAAGUCUGUUUAACUGCAAACACACAGUUUGAAAAGUAACCUGGGACAGUAACCUGGGACUCAUCCUCUCCGUCUUCCAGAUGUGAAGUUGUUGCAGCGGUCUGAGCCAGCUCUUUGCACACAAACCAGUUAAACAUUACAGGGGUUUCAUCUUGAUGAGCAGACGCGAUCAGCUGACAGCGCUGACCUUCAGUGAUAACCAUGCAGGCAGCUUUCCUUCGCAGAGUGUUUGAAGCGAGCGCAUUCUGGCUGUGCAGAGGUCAGAGCUGGAGAUAAACCAGAGCCGCCGCUCAUUCUCUCAGCUUUAAAUAAUUUACAAGGGCUGAAAAGAGGUGGAGGAGACACUUCUGCAGGUCAACCACCUGACUUACCCUGCCCUCAUUUACAAAGGCGAGUCAGCCCCACCCCUAAAACAUUCAAUUCAUCCAGAAGACACAAAUCAUUAACUCCCGAUCUGGCUGCUGAGCCAAUCACGAAGAGGAGUUUCUCUCCUGUUGCUGAAUCACGCCACAGGCCCCCCCACAGGUCCAUUCACCCUCCACUGACCAAGAGGGCAAAAGAACCAAGCGUUUUUUUCAGCAUUUGGUCUGCAUUGCAUCCUGUCUGCAACCCCCCCUCACACACACAGACAUAUUUGGGAUGCAUAUAUUUGACACAAACAGCAGGUACGUCAUUGCACUGGUUUUCCUUUUUAUCUCACGCUCCCUCCUGAACUCGACUCUCCAUCACCGUUUUGCUCACCUGGCUGCUGACGGGCAGUUUGGUUUAAAGAUGAAGGACAGCGGUGUGUUUGUGUGAAUAUGGCGUAACCUCUUGACAAAAGAGCUUGUGUUAGGAAAGUCUGUGUUUUGUAAAACUUCUGUAUGAGGUGUAAUAAAUUAUUCUGCGGCUGUACCUUUUCUGGAAAAACCUUAAAAUGUGACGGUCUUUGUAAGUAUUUAUCUUAAACUAAAUUAUUGUACUUUUUUGGAAUUUGUAGAUGGUGAUGAUGACAAGAUAUUGGUAAUCUUAAAAUGAACCGUUUCAUCAUCUGUCCACGCCAUCUUUAAUUUAUUGAUGUAUAUAAUGUACGUUUGUUGAUAAACAGCUUCUUUAUUUUGUAUAUGACCAAUAAACAUGUUUUAAGAUGUGCA